AUGUAUCCAACUGGAUCUUAUUCUUCAAUUUCCGUUGCUAUAGGUGAUCUUAACAAGGAUCAUCGAUUAGACAUUGUCGUCGUAAACAAUGAUACUGGUAGCAUAGAUAUUCUCCUUGGUUAUUUUGAGGGUUUUUUAAAUCAAACAAGGUAUUCAGUUGGCUCUUCUCCACAAUCUGUAGUUGUUGGUGAUUUCAACAACGACAUUCGACUAGAUAUCGUUGUCGCCAAUUCAGGUAGCAAUGAUGUGAGUGUCCUUCUUGGAAAUGGAAAUGGUUCUUUUGAAAAUCAAACAAGGUAUUCAGCUGGCUCUUAUCCAUCAUCUGUAGUUGUUGGUGAUUUGAACAACGACACUCGACUAGAUAUUGUUGUCGCCAAUUCAGGUAGCAAUGAUGUGAGUGUCCUUCUUGGAAAUGGAAAUGGUUCUUUUGAAAAUCAAACAAGGUAUUCAGCUGGCUUUUCUCCAUCAUCUGUAGUUAUUGGUGAUUUCAACAACGACACUCGACUAGAUAUCGUUGUCGCCAAUUCAGGUAGCAAUGAUGUGAGUGUCCUUCUUGGAAAUGGAAAUGGUUCUUUUGAAAAUCAAACAAGGUAUUCAGCUGGCUCUUAUUCAUUAUUUGUAGUUGUUGGUGAUCUCAACAACGACACUCGACUAGAUAUCGUUGUCGUCAAUUGGCUUAGCAAUGAUGUGAGUGUCCUUCUUGGAAAUGGAAAUGGUUCUUUUGAAAAUCAAACAAGGUAUUCAGCUGGCUCUUAUCCACAUUCUGUUGUUGUUGCUGAUUUCAACAACGACACUCGACUAGAUAUCGUUGUCGCCAAUUGGGUUAGC